AUGGAAGAGGCUAGCUUUGAUCUGGGAUUUUGGAGCAACGAAGGAGAUAAGCCAAUAAACACCCAUUGGAAAAAAAUGACAAAACAAUUGACUGGAAAAAGGGAUGAUACACCUUUGCAUUCUGCAGUAAGAGCAGGGAAUUUGGCUGUGCUGAAGAAUGCCAUUUCGGGAACUAAUGAGGCUGAAUUGCAUGAAUUAUUAGCCAAGCAGAAUCAAGAUGGAGAAACGCCCCUUUAUGUUGCUGCUGAAUAUGGUUACGUUGAUGCAGUUAGGGAGAUGAUUCAGUAUUAUGAUCUUGCUGAUGCUGGAAUUAAAGCUAGAAAUGGUUUUGAUGCAUUGCACAUUGCUGCCAAACAAGGGGAUUUAGAUGUAAUGAAGAUUCUCAUGGAAAGUCAUCCUGAGUUGUCAAUGACUGUGGAUCCAUCCAACACCACAGCUUUGCACACAGCCGCAAUGCAAGGGCACACUGAGGUAGUGAAGUUUCUAUUGGAAGCAGGGAGUAGUCUGGCAACCAUUGCUAGAAGUAAUGGGAAAACAGCUCUGCAUUCUGCUGCAAGAAAUGGACAUGUGGAGGUUGUGAAAGCACUUCUUGAGAAGGAGCCAGUGGUUACCACGCGGACUGAUAAGAAGGGCCAGACAGCACUUCACAUGGCAGUGAAGGGGCAGAAGGUUGAGGUGGUGGAGGAGUUGAUAAAAGCAGAUCCAUCAUCAAUAAACAUGGUUGACAGUAAGGGAAACACACCAUUACAUAUAGCAACUAGGAAGGGAAGGAGUAAGAUUGUGAAUUUGCUGUUAGAACAGAAAGCAGCGAUUACAAGUGCAGUGAACAGGUGUGGGGAAACAGCAUUAGACACUGCUGAGAAAACGGGGCACAAUGAUGUGAAAGCCAUUCUUCUUGAACACGGUGUUCAGAGUGCGAGGACCAUAAAGCCCCCUCAGGGCACAACGGCAAAUACAGCACGUGAGUUGAAACAAACGGUGAGUGACAUAAAGAACGAGGUCCACCACCAGUUGGAACACACACGUCAAACCAGAAAACGGGUUCAAGGUAUUGCCAAACGUGUUAACAAAAUGCAUGCCGAAGGUCUCAACAAUGCAAUAAACUCUACAACCGUGGUGGCAGUCCUAAUUGCCACUGUGGCUUUUGCAGCUAUUUUCACUGUCCCUGGCCAAUUCGUUGAUGACCCACGUAACGUUCCUCCAGGGAUGUCCCUUGGUGAGGCAAACAUAGCCCCAGAACUCCCUUUCAUAAUUUUCUUUGUGUUUGAUUCCGUUGCACUGUUUAUCUCUUUGGCGGUGGUGGUGGUGCAAACCUCGGUUGUGGUUAUAGAGAGCAAAGCAAAGAAGCAGAUGAUGGCCGUGAUAAACAAGCUAAUGUGGCUGGCUUGUGUUCUUAUUUCGGUGGCAUUCUUGGCACUGUCAUUUGUAGUGGUGGGGAAGGAAGAGAGGUGGUUGGCCAUAGGAGUGACCGUUAUAGGAACAACCAUCAUGGCUACGACCUUGGGGACUAUGUGUUACUGGGUCGUUAGGCAUCGCAUCGAGACCUCAAAUUUGAGGAGCAUUCGGAAAUCGUCAUUGCAGAGCAGGUCAAAGUCUCUGUCAGUGUCGGCCUUUUCAGAUUCUGAGCUACUAAACAGUGAGUAUUAUAAGAAAAUGUAUGCAAUUUAG